AUGACACUGAACCAGAAGAGGCGUGCGUUUCAUCAAAUGCAACCCAGAGAUAUGGUACUGACUGGCGAUAGACCAAUUGAUGCGUACACUGGGGUGCCAAAGUUGACGCAUGGCCGCAACGUCUCCUACGACAUUCCGGAUCCCAACCUGCCAGAUGUAUCUCAGUGGCUCAUCGGAAACCCAAACCGAAUCAACCUGGGUCGUAUUGGACUUCGAUACAAAGACGCCACUCUAGCCGCUGAAAAGAUCUCAAAUACCCAUCAGGAGCUGGACCUUUGGAGCGGUGUCAUCACCUCAACCUUUACGGUAGAUGGCACAAAGGUCAAAGUCGUGACGCAGGGCGACUUUGACUCGGACGCCGUGACAUUUGAAAUAGAGUCGAAGCUCAUUGACUCUGGAAAGCUCAAGGUCGAAUUUGAUUUUCCUUAUCCGCCUAUUCAUACCACCAAGUACAAGUAUGAGGUCUUUGUUGGCGUCUACGACUUCCCCGCGAACCACACUACAAAGCUGGUCCGAGGUUCCAAGAAGGACACGGCGCACAUCCACCACGACUUGGGUCCAAAGUACUACGUCAACUUGCGUUGGCCAAACAAGACGCCCCUUGAGCUAAAGAGACUCGAGUCCGAGGACUCUGCCGCAAUUACAGCUCACCGAUACAUCCUGUCUCCAGAUGACGGUUCAACAAUCUCUUUCACAGCACACUUCUCUCCUGAGAAGAAAGUCCCUGAUCUUCCUUCUACAAUCAAGAAGCGAAACUCGGCUGAGUGGCACGAAUAUUGGAAGAAGGGCGGCUUUGUCGAUUUGACUGCGUCUACCAACCCCAACGCAACCGAGCUCCAACGACGAAUCGUCACGUCUCAGUAUCAUGUGCGCGUUAACAGUGCAGCUACUGGCGAGUCUCCCCAGGAGAGUGGAUUGAUGAACAACGGGUGGUAUGGCAAAUUCCACAUGGAAAUGGUUGUUUGGCACAACGCUCACUGGGUCUCAUGGGGUCGCGACAAGUUCUUCCACAACAUUUUUCCCGCUCUUUAUGAAAAGCUUCUGCCGACCUCGUUUGCAAGAGCUGCAGGUAUGGGUUGGGAAGGAGCCCGCUGGCCCAAGAUGACAGAGACCAUCACUGGCAGAAGCUCGCCCGGUGGUAUUAACGCCUACCUGUUGUGGCAGCAGCCUCAUCCUAUGUAUAUGGCCAUGCUGGCAUACAAGUCUCAGCCAACUCGAAAGACGCUGAAGAGAUGGGAUCCUAUACUCGAGGCUAGUGCGGACUACAUGGCGUCCUACGCAUGGUUCAACAAAUCUUCUGGCAAAUACGAUCUUGGACCUCCCUCCAUCGGUGUUACUGAGAACACACCUGCUGCUGCUACCCUCAACCUGGCCUAUGAAGUAGCAUACUGGCGAUACGGACUUGACGUUGCCCGCGAGUGGAAGAAGAAACUCGGUCUCCCUGUUCCCAAACAUUGGACAACAGUAGCCAAGAACCUCGCCAAACCAACCCAAAUCAACGGCCUUUACGCUGUUUACGAUGGCCUGAACGCCUCGUGGUGGGAAGACCCAGCUCUUAACCGGGAUCCCAGAAGCCUCAUCAUGCUUCAGGGUAUCCUCCCUGAUACACCCGCAGUUGACGAGAAAGUAGCUCGUCGGACGGCGGACAAGGUUUGGGAAGUCUGGACGGACCAGAAUAUUCGAGGAUGGGGACGGCCUAUCUUGGCUAUCAACUCGGCUAGAAUUGGGAAUCCGAAACGAGCCAUUUACCAUUUGACGGCUUAUGACUAUUGGAAGUUUGAUGAUGCGGGGUUCGCAAUUCGAGGUGGUGAUGGAGUCGCUUACAUGGCGGAGGGGUGGGAUGGCUCCAAGGGAGAUGCCCCAGGGUUUCCCAAGGACGAUGGAUGGGUAGUCAAACAUGAAGGACUUCAAAAGGCGCUGUAG